AUGACAACAAAGAAGUGGUGCACCACGAAGCCAAAGUGGAAGAAGAAGAGCUUACUGAAAGUGCACUGUAUUUCAGAUCCUAGUGCAAGUGACAAAGUGCAAUCUCGACCCAACUUUGAUGUAAACAAGGAAAAAGGUCUUGGUAGUUUAUUUGCACCUUAUGACAAGCCACCAUACAAGCCACCUUUGCCAUUUCCACAACGACAGCAACAACGUUCCAAGGAUCAACAAUGCAUUGAAUUCAUGAAGACGUUGGCUAAGGUUCAAAUUAAUUUGCCUCUAUUAGAUGCUAUUAAACAGAUCCCAUCAUAUGCCAAAUUUCUGAAGGAGCUAUGUUCUAAAAAGAAAAAGUUCUUGGAAUACGAGAAGGUGAUUUUAACUGAGCAAUGCAGUGUUGUCCUUUUACAUAAGCUACCACCCAAGAAGAAAGAUUCGGGGAGUUUCACUAUCUCUUGUACUAUUGGUGAAGGAGAACUCAAGCCCACAUCUGUGAGUCUUCAAUUGGCAGAUAGGUCUGUGACUUAUCCUUUGGGUAUUCUGGAAGAUGUGAUAAUUAAAGUGGAUAAAUUCUAUCUCCCAGCUGAUUUCAUUGUACUUGACAUGGAGGAAGACAAGGAAGUGCCUCUCAUUUUAGGCUGA